CAUGUCAUGCAUACAAUGUUUAGAUCAAAGAUGAUAUACAAUAUCUACGCUUUUCGUAUAUAAAAGGCACUUGUAGAGAAGUCCACUAAAAAAGUCAAGUCCAGCAACGAUGUCUAUACUUGUUGCAUGCGUCAUUCUAUUGUUGCUUCCCAUCAACAAUGUUAUUUGCAAACGAAUGUGGGACUACGCUCUCUUAUCGAUUGACACCACCACUUCAGAUCCUACUAAAUUUGAAAUAGAUGCAGAAGUUCAGCGCAUUAGUCGGACUGAAUACGGCUUUUCCUUAAUUAUGGAUUAUCAUUAUUUCCCGGAUGACACUACAUUUAUCGUGGCUGGUGGUUAUCGCAGUAAUACAGGAAACGAAGAAGAUUAUGUUGUAAUGCCCUGGUCCUUACCUACACGGACAUAUGAGGAAUAUAUAAAAUCUUUUUACGAAAGUAUUGUCCUUAAAAAUUUGGAAUACUGUUCGAAUUUGCCAGCACCGGAUAAGGCGUUUCCCGUACCCAAGGAUAAUGUCUACAAAUUCGAUCGAUGUGUCCUAAAUGGAGAGGGCAUGCCCGAAAUAGUGCCUGACGGUUAUUAUAAGGUUUUUAUUAACGCUACGGGUGAGGUGGACUGGACAAUCAUAAUUAGAAUGAAGAUAUCAAGAAAAACAAAUCUAUAUGGCUAA